AUGAGUAAUACGACUAAAGAUAAAGUACGGUGUUGGUAUUGUGGGUUAGCCGAUAAAAAGAAACUUAUACGAUGUGGGUGUGGUAAGUAUUUUUGUAAUGGUACUGGAGAUGGAAAAGUAAGUCAUAUUAUUCAUCAUGUGUCAUCAUUAAAACAUAAAGACCUUAAAUACUCAGACGAAUAUAUUCAAUGUAAUUUAUGUAAAACAAGAAAUCCAUUCGUUCUUGGAUUUCUUCAAGUAAAACAAAAUUCUGAUAUGACAACGUGUUUAUGCAGAACUUGUAGAUAUAACACUACAAUUCAAAAUCUUGGAUGGGAUGUAGAUACUUGGACAAGUAUUGUUUGUGAAGGAAAAUUUGUAAAUGAAGUAUGUCCACAACCAAGUAAUGAAGAAAUGAAUAUUGUUCAAAGUAUUUCAUAUCAAAAAAUGAGAAAAAUGGCAUGGGAAUUACAAAAUAAUCGAAAAAAGUUUGAAGAAGAAACAGAAACAUUUGAAGAAUUACAUCCUAUUUAUUUAAAUUAUCAUGACUGUAAACAAUAUUAUCAUACUUAUUAUCCUCUUAUUCGAUUAGAAGCUGAAGCUGAUAGACAAAAAAGAGAAUCAGAACAUCUUACUAAUAUGACAUUGACUUUUGAUGGAACAAGAACAGAAAAAGAUAUCAAAAAGAUUGUUCAUGUAAGUUUUCAAGUUCCAUUAAAUGAAGAGAUUUCAAUCACGAUUAAUGACACAUUAUUUUUCUAUGUUCCAAUGAAGAAUAAAUCAAUUGAGGUUAAUGAAAUUCAUAACUAUGGUGAAUUUAAUGAACAAGAAAAGAAAGAAUUUCUUGGAAAGAUUAAUACCUUUUUAGUUGGAAGUGUUCAAUCAAUUAAAGGAAAAGAUGUUACAGUAUUAUUAUCAAGACAAGCAGAUAUUCCAAUAGAAAAACAAAUAGUUACUCCUCAAAAUCAACAAUUUAAAUAUUCUAUUUGUUUCCACUGGCUUUCUAUUCCAUUUCGUAGAAAAAGAAUGGCAUUACUUGAUUUUUGUAGAACAGAAGUUGAACCAAUUGCAGCAUCUAUGUCAAAGUAUUUAAGAGACAGACUAUUAGGAAUGCCAAUAACUGAAAUUGACAGACAAAUGGAACAACAAUUUAAAGAAGAAAAAGAAAUGUAUUUAAGUCGUCAUCCAACUGAAGCGUCUUUGAGUGCUCCUAAUCUUCCUCCAUUAAAUCAAGUUCAAUUUGAUGUGGUAAGAAAGUCAUUUACAAAACAAUUAAGUCUUAUUCAAGGACCUCCUGGAACUGGUAAAACAGUUACUUCAGCUACUAUUGUUUAUCAUGUAGUACAGUCAAAUCCUGGAAAGAAAGUUCUUGUCUGUGCACCAAGUAAUAUUGCUGUAGAUCAACUUGGAAUAAAAAUAAUUGAAACAGGAGUAAAAGUGAUUAGAGUAUACAGUAAAUCUAGAGAACUUGCAGAAGAAUCAUUGCAUGAUUAUUCAUUAAAAACAUUGAUGAUUGAGCAAUUAAAAAAAGAUAAAGAAAUGUUUUUGUUAUAUCAAGAUUACAAAGAUGAUCCAGACUCUCUUGAUAUUGUUAAUAAAACAGCAAUUCAAAAAAGAAUAAAUGAAAUUGAACUUGCUCUCUUGAGAGAAACAGAUGUUAUUUGUUGUACUUGUUGUGGGGCAUUAGACAAUCGAUUAAAUGGUAUAUUAGAACAUAUUGAUACAGUAUUAAUAGAUGAAAGUACUCAAGCAGAUGAACCAGAGUGUUUAAUUUGUUUAAACAAUUCAGUAAAACAACUGUUUCUUGUUGGAGAUCAUUGUCAAUUAGGACCAAUUCUUAAUUCUUCAAGAGCAAAAAAGAAUGGACUUGGACUCCCUAUGUUUUCAAGAUUAUUACAACUAGGACAUGAACCGUAUAGACUUCAAUUCCAAUAUCGUAUGCAUCCAUGUUUAUCAGAAUUUAGUUCUCAAACAUUUUAUGAUGGUGUCUUACAAAAUGGUGUUACAGCACUUGAAAGACAAUUCCCUUCAUUAAAAUAUUUCUGGUUUAAACAAAAUAAACCUAUGAUGUUUAUUGCUGCAAAUGGAAAAGAGUCAUAUGGCUCUAAUGGUACCUCUUACUUAAAUGAUGAAGAAGUUUUUAUUAUAGAACAAAUUAUUAUUAAAAUGUUAGUAAAUAAGGUUGAUCCAUCUCAAAUUGGUGUAAUUACACCUUAUAUUGCUCAAAAACAAGCUAUUAUUUCAAGGCUAUCAUUAAAUAGAAGGGUUUCUGAAGCACAAUUAAAUGACAUUGAAAUUGCAUCUGUUGAUUCUUUCCAGGGUAGAGAAAAAGAUUUCAUUAUCUUUUCUACUGUACGUUCAAAUGAAAUAUCAGAUAUUGGAUUUCUUUCUAUUCCUCAAAGACUAAAUGUAAGUAUUACUAGAGCAAAAUAUGGAUUAGUGGUUGUAGGUAAUCCGGAAACAUUAAUGCAAAAUCCAUUGUGGUGUGCUUAUCUUCAAUUCUUUCAAAAUAAUAAUGUUCUUGUACAUGGUCAAUUAGAAAACUUAAAAGAAUAUCCAAUUAAACUUGAACCUAAAGAAGCACCGAAAGCUAUUUAUCAAUUUACACCUAAAGUACAAGAGUUUAGUGAUAUUGAGCCAUUAAAAGACAUUGCCAUUCCAUUUAGACAAACAAGACAACAACGCUCUACACUUAAUCCUUUAGAUGAAUUUAAUAUUAAUGGUAAUAAAGAGGAUGAGGAUGAUGAGUUAGACGUUACGAUCUCAGAGGAUGAUAGUGAUGAAAGUCAAAGUGAGAUUUCUGAUAAUGAAGAAGAUGAUGGCUUUACAUUUUAA